AUGGCGCCCCUCAAGCAGCUGGCGGUGCUUGCGCUGAUCGGUGCUGUCUUCUUCCAAGAUGCAGCGGCGGCGGGCGCAUCUGCAGUGAUCAAGACCGCUGAGAACGUCAACUACCGCUCGCCCAUCGAGAAUGUUCCUCAUAUGGGGCUUGAGAACCUGCAGCCUUCAGGUGCGGGGCGCCGGCUGCUCCAGGCGCCUCAGGUCUACUCGGGCGGCCGUUCCUUUAAGCACGGCGUGGCCAGCGGGGAUCCCCUGGAGAAUGGCGUCAUCAUCUGGUCACGUGUGACGCCCGACGACCCGACCGCUGAGGGCAAGAGCAUUGAGGUGCUGUAUGAGGUGGCUCUCGAAACAGCUUGGAAGCAUCCGAGCUCGUUUGAGAGCCUCCAAACGUGUCCGAAAGUGUAUACGGACCUGAAGCGUCUGGAAACAGCUCCCACUUUGCCUCCCCGUCCGCAGGUGCUGUACGAGGUGGCUCUCGACGCGGGCUUCACCAAGAUCGCCUCCAAGGGGAUCAUCUACACCAACGCUGACGUCGACUUCACGCUCAAGGUCGACGUGUCCGCCCUGCUGCCCGCCACGACCUACUACUACCAGUUCCUCAGCGGGGGCGUCGGCAGCGGAGUUGGCCGCACCAAGACCCUCCCCGCUAAGGGCGCCAACGUGUCCAACUUCAAGAUCGCCGUCUUUUCAUGCUCCAACCUGCCCCAGGGCUACUUCCAUGGCUACAACCACGCAUCCAAGAGGACCGACCUCGACCUCGCACUCCACGUCGGCGACUACAUCUACGAGUACGCUAACAAGGAGUACGGCGAUGGAAGCGUGUUCAACCCGCCUCGCAUCCCGCUUCCCGACAAGGAGAUGGUGACGCUGAGCGACUACAGGCUGCGUCACGCCACGUACCGUGCUGACGUGGACCUCCAGGCGGCCACCAAGAACGUGCCGUGGAUCCUGGUGUGGGACGACCACGAGCUGACCAAUGACGCCUGGUACGGCGGGGCAGAAAACCACGACCCCGAUCAGGGCGAAGGCCCCUGGUACACCCGCCGCGCGACCGCUGUGCGCGCGUACUUUGAGUGGAUCCCCAUCCGUCCGGUGAGAAUGGGCCCCGAGGACCGCAUCUACCGGUCGUUCUCGGUGGGCAAUUUGGCUGAGAUCAUCAUGCUCGACACGCGCGUCAUCGGUCGGGACGAGCAGGCCAACUCCACGGACUGGAAGGCCAUCUACAACCGCACCAGGAGCAUCUUGGGCGAUGCCCAGGAGGGUUUCAUCAAGGAGCGUUUGAGCGCGAGCAAGGGCGCCCAAAAGUGGCGCGUGCUGGGCAACCAGGUCCCCAUUGCGCCGCGCUGGCUCGGCUCCUUCCAGGCGCCCAACACCGUCAUCGGCUCCGUCGACAAGUGGGAGGGCUACCCUGAGAGCCGUUUCCGGAUCCUGGAGCACCUCUGGACCAACGACAUCAACAACACGGUGGCGGUUACCGGGGACGUUCACAGCGCCUGGGUUAUGGACAACCCGCUUAUGCCCUACGACUCCUGGGGCCGCACGUACAAUAAGACGACCGGCGCGGGGUCGCUUAUGGUGGAGUGCGUCGGAACUGCCAUCACUUCUCCCCCCGCCAACAAAGCGAACGCGACCAUGGCCCGCAUCGUCGAGCAGCGUUACCUUAACGCCAACCCGCACCACAAGUAUGUCAACACGGAGGACAACGGGUAUUUCACACUGGAGCUCACUCAGGAGAAGAUCAAGUGUGAACACUUUUUCACGAGCAACAUCUCCCUGCCCACGUACACCAUCAAGGGAACGGCUGCCUUCGAGUCUCUCUCCAACACCAACAUCAUCAAGCAAGUCUAGGCAGUAGCUCGAGCGCAUCCACAC